AUGGUAUUUAGAAUGGCCCAAUCAGGUGCGGGAUUUGUUUACCGCUGUGCUACUGCAACUGGAAGCAGUCUAAGAGCGGGAAACCAGAUCCAUAUCAGAGCGUCAAACGGACAUGAAUACAUUGAGGUGAAUAACCUCUGGGAUGAAUCGAAUGAUACUUACGAGCUGAUUCGUUCUGGCUCCUCGGUCGAUAAUACAGGCUUUAGAGCAUAG